AUUCAUGCCCGGAUCCAAACACAUUACGUACAAGAGAAGCACGAAGAUUCUCCCCAAUGUAUUUGCUUGAAUGGCGUGUAUGUAUUUAUGUAGCCUCGUACUGUACGCGCUAGCGGAAGGAUUAACCGCUACCAGGGGGGAGGAUCUCACAUCUACGGGUAUUUCAUUAACACGACCGGACAGCUACAAUGUAGUGGCGCAGAAGGGGAACCCCCUGCUUCUGAAUUGUACCGUGGAGUCCAACAGCUCCACGAAAUUCACGUGGUACAAGAAUGGGCAGCGGCUACAGCUGGAGAAUCAGCGGCGGGUACAGGUCAUAAACGGGUCACUUUCUUUCAAGCGGGUCCUGUACCGCCGCAAGAAGAACAUCACCGAUGAGGGCGUGUACGAGUGCCACGUCCGGAACAACAUUGGCAGCAUUAUCGCAAAACGGGUCAAAGUCAACAUUGCGGGUAUAGCUAAAUCUUUCUCAGAGGAACCUCAGUCUCAGGAUGUUCCAUUAGGAGGGGUGGCCAGGUUCCACUGCCAGAUCAACUCCACCCCUCCACCUAUUUACAUGUGGCAGAAGGAUGAUUGGAAACAAAUUCGUCCGGGUCCCAGACACAUCAUGUUGCCGUCGGGGACCCUCCAGAUUCUGGAUGUGACAUCUGACGACGCCGGGGAGUACAGAUGUACUGCUACCCAGGGGGAGCUCCACAAACUGCCAGAUCAGGUGGAAAGUCUGCCCUGGAAGGGGAGCAGUGCCGCUACUCUCAGGGUCAUGCCAGGUCAAGAUGGGUUCAUGCCAGAUAGGUCAAGGUGGGGGUCACUAGAGGUCACAUGGUCACGCAAAGAUGGGAAACCCCUUCGUGACCGUCACUCAGAGUUAGUGGGAGACAACCUAAAGCUGUUUGACGUAGAUGUGGAUGAUGCAGGGGUAUAUGUGUGCUCUGCUUCCAGUGCAGGUUACCCCACCAAGUCAGUGGAGUCAGGGCUCGAAGUCAUGACAAAACCAGUAUCUUUGACAAAACCAAGUAAUUUCAAAUAUCCAGAGACCCGAACAUCUCGUUUUUCUUGUGAGUUUGGUGGAUAUCCCAAGCCAAAUGUUACGUGGUAUUUCAAUGGUCAGCGAAUCCGAGAAGGGGGAAAGUAUAGUGUAAGUAAACAUGAGGGGAAAUUUUAUUUUUACGAAUGUGUGGGGGAGAACAGCCUGGGAUACGACACGGCCGUUGCCAGACUGGACAUCCACUCUGUGGUUGGAGCCCCAGACCUGCCUAGGAAUGUGUCGGCCUUUGCGAUGGACAAGAACACUGUCAAUGUUUACUGGAACCACUCCCGCUCCCUGACAGAACCCAUCCUGGCCUACACUGUAGAGAUAGCAGAGUCCAAUAAUCCUAAUAAACAGAUACAAAGUAUAGUGGUGAACAGUGGAACAUCAGCCAAGAUAGAGGGACUGAAGCCAUACACCAACUACUCCAUAUACAUCAGGGGGUACAGCAACACGGGGCCCGGUCCCAAGUCACAAGUUGUCACGGUUACAACCCACGCAGACAAGCCCAGUAGAGCGCCGGUGAUCUCAGUAGCUAGCACCACCCCUAACAGCAUCAACAUCAAGUGGGACGAGCUGCCCCCAGAGGACAGGAAGGGGGUCAUCACCAGCCACCUCAUAGAGUACAUGAGGGCCGCCGACCAGCGCACCAUCACCAAGGUGGUGUCUGGCACAUCCAGGUCCUACCUCAUCUCAGGACUAAAACCCAACACCUUGUACAAGAUCCGAGUGAAGGCAGGGACAGAGAUGGGGUACCCUGAUCUCCCUAGUGACAGCCAGUGGGUGGAGUACAGAACAGCUGGCCACACUAAUGCCUCUGUGAAUGACACAGUACCAAGCCCACCCUCAAACAUCUUGGUGACCAAGAUCUCGGCGAGCUCAGUCAAUGUCACUUGGCAGCACUCGACAGGGGAGGAGGCAGUCACGGGGUACACGCUGACGGUCACCAGUUUGUCAGGGACCAGUACGGGGCCCCAGACACACCAUAUUACUGACCCGGCCCUGUCCUGGGUCCAAGUCAAAAACCUGGAGAACAAAACCACUUACCAGUUCUCCUUGGUGGCGGACAGCAAACACGGCUCCUCAGACCCAAUCAUCAAGGAGUACGCCACCUCACAGGAGCCGCUGGAGGAACCACCUCAGAACCUGAGGGUCGCCAAUCGGACCUCCACCGCCCUCCUGCUGACGUGGUCCCCUCACCCAGGGGACCAGGCCCGAGGGGUGGAAUAUGAAGUGGGUUGCCGCCCAGUCAUGUUUGUGACGGACCAGGCGUAUAAUAAAGUGGCCAUUGUCAAGACGUCUCAUAGCUUUGUGUGGAUCUCCCAUCUAAAGCCCUACACCUCGUACCAGUGUGUGGUCAGGAAAAUUGUGGGCGGAGUCAUAGGGAGGUGGAGCCAACCAACUGUCAAUCUUACUCUGGAGGGAGUUCCCUCGGAGCCGCGUGAGCUGCAGGGUCAGGUGAAGGAGAGCCGCAUCUUGAUCACCUGGAAGCCGCCCGCUCAGCCUAACGGGAACAUCACCACCUACCUCGUCAUGUACCAGAUACUGACCGCUCACGACAUGUCCAGUCCCUGGGAAAUCAAGAGUGUUAACGGAUCCUUAACUUCAGCCACUAUUGAACAACUCCAGAAUGGAUUGUACAGGAUCAAACUGAAGGCGUGUACAAAUGCUGGUCCAGGCCCGCCCACUGAUCCAAUGGAAAUCUCCGAAAUACAAACAAAAGAGCCCCGUGAAGCGGCGCCCCAGGAGGAUCAGAAAUUGGGGAUAAUUCUGGGGAUCAGUAUAGGUGUGGCCUGUGUCAUCAUCUGUAUCCUCAUCAUACUGUGUAGGAACAGAUGUUUUGCCUCCCCACAGUCCCAUAUAACCCAGCCUGUAUAUCUUCACAGUAACGGACACGCAGGUGGGCGGGGCAACGGACAUGUGAUAGGGGCGGGGCUGAACGAGUAUCAGCUCGAGACGUGUACGCCAAUGUUGAGCUCAUUACCCGGUGAAAACGAGCACUCAGAUUCCAAGGGAUGUGGCAGUGGGAACAUCAUCGUGACCCCGAAUGGGUCACGGGUCAACGGAUAUGUGCCAUUUAAGAAUGGCAUGAAGAAUGGGCAUAUCCCUAAUGGACACAUGUCCACGUUUGUGGGGUAUGCUAACUCGGGGAACAUGGAGGAGAGGCGGGGUCUGAUAGCCGCCAUGUUGUCAGGAAGUGACGUCAGCCACCUGUCAGAGGAGGCCACGCCCCUUGACAAAGCCCCGGACCGAGACUCCCUGCUGGACGGAAUAGACAAGAGUCUAGAGGACACAGAAGAAAGCAACAAGAGUUUAAAUGACCAAGAUGGUUCCAUACCAAAUCUACCUCCAAACACAGCAGAUGCGGUCUGCAGUGAAGUCAGCCCACAGUCAAUGGACAGUUUUACUAAAAAUACCUCGAACCGAUCAGCCGCAGCUAAAACGGGUCACAGGGAGGAGGGCGUGUCUCCUCCCACACUCAGGGGAGUACACAGUAAGCCAGCUACCUCACGGGAUGGAGUGGAGAGGGUGGGGAAGAGUCCCUCCCACUCAUCAAAACCUCACAAGCUACAUCAGGGAAGACAGCAGCAGGGGAGAAAGGCUGAAGAGGGCCCAAACCAACGGCAGUCCUUUCCAGAGAGUGACUGUGGCAGUGACCCCUCGUACACCAACCUCCAAAGUCCCCACGUGAAGUGUCAUACAAAACCAAGCUCAUCUCAGGAACGGAAUCUUACCGGUCAGGGAAAGGGUCGGAAUCGGAGACAGCCCUCCAGAGAGAGUCGGGGGGUGGGGAGUUAUCCCAGCGACAAGGGUCAUCAUCGCCGUACUGUGGAUGUGAGUGUAUAGAAAUUUUGUUUUCUACUUCUCAUUGAAAAAAAAAACGGGCUCAGAAAAAAUGAGCUGAACUUUCAGGCAGGAUAUUUGCAGCUAAAUGAUAUUGACAUUUCAUGAAGAAGUGAAAUUAUGUAUUUGUUUUUAAUUGUUUAUGUUCAUACUAUACGGGUGUAAUUAUGGGGCUCUGAAGGGGGAAAAAGCUGGAGGAUUUUUUUUUUGUUGCUUUAUUUUCUACAUGUGAAAUACAGGUCAGGAAUAUUAUGAUUUUUAUUUGUUUCAAACCCCCCUUUGGUGGCCCCUGGCUAGCUAGCAUUUUCUUUUUGUUCUUUUUGUAAGUUUAUAUUGGUGUGUUUGCCUGUACUAUUUUUUGAAGAAAAAAAAAACAGAUGGAUUUAUCUUACAAGUUUACCUCACUGAUCUGCUAAAUUAUUACAUUGAUAUAUCUCCCCCCCUUACACCGGUUUUAUGGGACAAUCUCAAACUACGACCCCCCUCCUAUUUUUAUCAUAAGUUUCUUGGUCAUGCAUAUUCAUGACUGAUUAUGCAUAUUCAUGAUUCUUGGUCAUGCAUAUUCAUUAUGUUUAUGUUUAGGAAUUGUUAUCUAGAGGAGUUCUUUGUUGUUAAU